UUCACUUCGAUUAGCAAAUUGCCAAACUCUUCUCUCUGUAACCAUUCCCACGUUUCAUUGUAAUUUCCUAUAAAUAACAAACAUAACCUCAUGACCAUUUCUCCUAACAAUGUUUCUCUGUGUUUCAUUACAAGAUAUGAUGUAGCUUUCUUUGUGCUUAUGAGUGCUGCUUCGGCCAGAGGCAUAAGUGAGUGUUAUGCAUCUAAAGAAAUGAGAAAGUGCUUCCAGGCUUGAUCAUGAGUGCAGGAGGCUGAGGGUUCAGAGAUGAUCCGCUCCUCAUGACCACAAACCCUCUCAGUCCCACCAGCAACAUGGCUGAUUUUAGGACGCGCACCAGUGGCGCAGACAACACGCUGUUUGGAGAGACUUUAACACGGCAAACAAUUGUUAAUCUGGCUAUUGGUGGACUCACAUCUCUGUUUGUCCUAGUAACUGUCAUCAGUUCAUUUGUCUUCCCCACACCUCCUCCGACAGCCUUAAAUAUCUUCUUUGUGGUCUGCAUCAUCAUGAUCUGUUCUUCUGUAUUGGUGCUGAUAGUCUGGUAUCGUCAAGGUGAUCUGGAUCCUAAGUUUCGUGGUCUGAUUUAUUAUUCCAUAAGUCUCAUUUUCCUCCUCUGUCUGUGUGCCAAUAUGUACUUUCAUGAUUUUGGAAGAUGACGUGAUUCAGACACUUGAAUGAGACUUGAAUGGUGCACCUUCAUAAUAAAAUGUCAGUUGUCUAUCAGAAGGGAGCCUCACAGUUUUGAUUAUGUGUGCACAGGUGAAAAUCUAUAAUUUAUAUAUUUGGACAGUUUUUUUGUAUUAUUAUUUUUUUUAUGCAAAGGACACUCGGACACAUGCAUUUUACACUAAAUAUUUUGCAGGUUAUUGUCCGUUGCUGUCAAGAGUCAGUCAUGCUAAAUGCAUCAGUAUUUUAGUUGUAUUACAUGUUGUAAUUUUUGUUCUGUGAACAAUUAUGGUGGAUGCUGACAAUAAAUGAAAUAAUAUACACAUGCUACGGAAGUAAAAUGUUUAAUGGCUUGAAGACAGGCCAUGAUGACUAUUGUAGGGAGUCUGGAUUUUCUCUUAAUGGAAUUUUUUUUAUACUGUUGAGUAAAAGUUGAAUGAUUAUGCAAAACCACAGUUAAUUAUUAAUUAUUAUUUGAAUGUUUAAGAAAAAGUGUAUAUUUAUGCUGUGACUAGUAACUAAUUAAAAGUUUCACUUUAAUCGCAUUUUAGUUAACAUAUAUCAAGUGGUGUGAAUAUAAAAUUUGAAAAUGCAAAUAUUGUACAUAAUGCAUAAUUGUGAAAAAAUUAGAAAAUGCUGUUUAAAUAUUCUUACUGUGGAUGCAAUUUCUUUGAAGCGACUGCCAUCU